AUGGUUAAACUUUUUGUUGGCAAUCUCAAUCCUCAGUCAAAGGCCUCCGAUCUGCGCAAAAAGUUUGAGGCUUUCGGCACUGUCACAGAGUGCGAUGUUGUGAACAACUAUGGUUUUGUGCACAUGGAGAAAGAAUCGGAGGCGGAAGCUGCCCUUGCUGGACUCCAAGACGCCAUACUUGAUGGUGUCAAGAUCAAUGUUGAGCGCAGCCACGGCAAGCGAAGUGGUGGCCCUGGUCCUAUGAGGAGACGUGAAGGUCGUUUCCGAGAUGGGCCUGCCGACCGAUUUCGGGGUCCUCCUCCCAGAUACAUGGGUGCAGGUCCCCCUCCACGAAUGGGACGCUACGGACCAGGAUUUGAUGAUGGUUAUGGAGGACCUUAUGGUCCUCCUCCACCUAGAGUCAGUCCUCGAGGAUAUGAUUACCCACCAAAUGGUACCCCGGGACGCUACCCACCACCUGAGCGCGGCGAUCCUGCUCGCCCGCCUCCCAGGGCUAUCGUGGACCACCAAUUCCUGAACCUAUCCCUCCGCCAAGAGAUUACCCUCCUAAGGGUGCACCACCUCGUCCAAGGUACGAUGGUUAUGACAGUUACGGAGAAUACGAUCGUUACCGAGAGCCAGCCCCACAAGCAGCCGCGAGACCUAAUGACUACUACGAUAAUUACGGGAAUUACAGCAGUGGUGCGGCUUACGAGGAAAGUGAUCGGGCUCCGGCUGCUGGUUAUGAGUCUGGGUACGACUACGGCUACUAUGAUUACGGUAAUGGUAAUCGCUCUCCUGUUCCAACUAGGUAUAACUACGGCCGUCCAUAAUAUUAAGGCGGUCGUUCAACGCUGGCAUCAUCGCACUUGUCAUCUAGCAUGCGCUGCUUUGCAUUUAUGCCCGCGAAACUCGUACAGCCUCUUGUUAGCGUUUCUUCGAAGGCGCGUCGGAUCUAGGUUUCGCUACUCUGUGCGUCAGUUUGCGUUGAGCCGUCGUUUCGCAGAGACAGCGCGCCGUUUGUCACGCCGUUCAUUGUCAUCUUUUCUAAACAUGUAA